AUGGCUGCCCAGUUUCUCGAAAAUUGUAAAUCUACCAUCUCUGAUUGCACCAGACUGCUGCUCACAGACAGAAGAGAUGGACUUCAACCAUCAAUAGCCAGGUAACAUUAACUUACUGUUAGCUAGCUAGCUUGCUAGGUGUUGAGAGGGAGUGGUGUAACAGCUGCAAAAAAAGUAGCUAGAUAAUACAACGCUACCUAGCUACCAACGUUAGCUAGCUAGAUAGAUCUGUCUGGCAUUGACAUUAAACUGAACUCAAGAUAGCCAGCUAACGUUAAUUGUCCAUAAUCUAGUUAUGGAAUCUAUAAAAACGUUAACUAGCUAACAUCACUGUACAGUAGCUAGCUAGCUAUAGUGAUGUCUGUAUGAAGAACAAUUUUUUUUUAGCUAGUUUGUAGUUAAAACUUAAUUGCCUUUAAAUGCAUGACUGUCAUCAUAGGUCGGAGGCUCUGAGAGUUGGCACAGAUUAGACAAGUGAACACUUUAGGGGUUGUUAGCUACAUACAUAUAAAAAUGUCACUGGACCAAUCGGGGUCUGCGGUCUAUUUUUCAGACCAUGUUGCGGAGCCUUCGGUGGGCGAGCGAUCAUGUGAUUGAUGAAGAGAUGGCCAGCAAUCUAAUUGCUGUUGCAAAGGAGUUCCUGCAAGAGGUAAAGAACAUCCGACAAACGGGAACCUUACCAAUAUUUGUAUAAUUGUUUUUUUACGGCAUGCAUGGCAAAGCCUGAGAUUGUAUCAUUUUUACCUGUCCUGUGUUAAGUCUUCUGUGUCAAUAGGGUGCUCUUAUAGUCUUUUAACCUAAAAAAGUUUUUAGGAUUGAAUGUUGUAAUUCAUUAAUCUAUUGUAGUUUUAUCUAUUUUAGUAGCCUAUCAAGUCCCUUUGGAGGGAAGGCGAUAUCAGAUCAAAUCAAAUCAAAUCAAAUGUUAUUGGUCACAUGCGCCGAAUACAACAGGUGCAGACAUUACAGUGAAAUGCUUACUGACAGCCCUUAACCAACAGUGCAUUUAUUUUAACAAAAAAGUAAAAAAUAAAACAACAACAAAAAAAAACACAAGACAUUAAGCCAAGGAGCAGCUUGAGUUCCUCACAGAUGUUCUCAACGUGUCGCACCCCGUGGUCAAGCGGCGCAUGAGGUAAUUAUUCGUAACUGAAUAAAGCAAUUGUAACACAAGAGGGAGAUCUCUACAUCCUCCCUAGAUUUGAUCACAUUCCUGAUUUAAUGUAUCUUUUUUUAUUUUUUUGUGUAUUUAGUCAUUUUCAGCUCUUCGGGUCCUACUCACUGUUUUCUGAUGCUCGGCUGGAUGAGAGGGUCAAAGAGCUGAUAGGCCAGAAUGAAGACCUUGGUGCGGAGUCUGUGAGGGCACGCUUAAACGGGAGAGGGUCAGACUGAGUCUGAUCCCUGUCCACCCCCCAGGGACCCGCGAAGAGAGCCAUGCAGCAGCGGCUACAUCAGAGGCAGUACAGAGUUGCAGGCCCAAAUUCUUUGUGGCACAUCGAUGGCAACCAUAAGCUGAUC